AUCUCAUCAGCAUACUAGACAAAUAGACUAUAUAGUUUUAAAAGUGAAUUUCAACUACUGCACUAAGCAGAAGUAUUAUCUCUCAAACCUACCGCCACCGGUAUAUACUGUAUCGUAUCUGUUCUGUCUGUCUCUAUUAACUGUCGAAUGCAAGAAGAUAAUGAUCUGGAGAAAUUUAUCAGAUGUUCAUGAUUUUUUUUGAAUCAAUAUCAUAUACCGAUAUACCUGAAUUCUGGCAUAUUUAAAAUCUUCAGCAGAGUAAUAAAUACUUAUCACAGCAUCAGGCAGUCAGUUCGUUUGUUUUCAUCAACUGCUGAACUGCAAAAAUGAAUGUGCUAUACAAAGGAGCUCGCCUUAUCAAGGAUAUGUAUAACCAGCUUAAUCCUGCAACAUUAACAGGUGCUAUUGAUAUUCUCGUAAUUGAGCAAGAAAAUAAGGAAUUAACUGCAUCACCAUUUCAUGUGAGAUUUGGAAAGCUAGGUGUUCUCAGAGCAAAAGAAAAAGUGGUAAACAUCACAAUCAAUGAGGAAAUCGUAGAUUUGCAUAUGAAACUCGGAGAUCAAGGUGAAGCUUUCUUUGUCGUGGAAACAGACGAUGAAGAAAUACCUGCAAGAUUAUUGACCUCUCCACUUCCAUCUCGUCCAGUAUCACCUUCUGUCGAUGAUAUUUCUGAAAGAUUUGCUUCCAAUGAAGAACCGAUUGUUAAAAGAAAGAGGAGAAAACGCAGAAAACGUCGAAGUUUAUCCACGAGUGAAAUGAGUAAUGAACAUUCUCAGUCAUCAGAUUCUGAAGAUGACAUCAGCAAUACUAAUCAAUCACAGCACAACACAAAUUCAGGUUUACCAAGCAUUGAACAAAGUCCACUGUCCAAGAGAAAUCAUCCAUGCGAACCUCAGUUGAACUUGGAUAUACAAGAUGAUUUCACCAUACCUACAUUUCGUUUAACAAUGUGCUAUGACAGUGGCACUGAUUCUACAUCUAUUAGUUUAUUUAGUGAUACAGACAGUGACAGUGAAAAUACGGCGACAUACAAAAGAUUAUGCAGUGUUUUUUCGGAUAGUGAACUGCCUCAAAGUGGAGACGAAAAUGACAUAGAAUUGUCAAACACUCCAUACAGUGAUUCAGAAGCCGUGGAGCGAAAUCAAGCAUCAACCCCAGUUGGCUGGGACUGGGGCCAGUUACCAGAAGACUCUGCCGGUAAAAGACGACACCUCACUGUUCCAUCAAUGUCUAAACUAUCUAUUGAAAAUGAGAAUAAUCGACAUUCUAAAAUAAGACAUUUGGCAAAAUCUGACAGUGUUUUCCAUGAGAGUGAAACUAAAAUUUCUGAAGUUCCAAUUAAAACCAACCAAGAGGAGAAUAGUUCUGACACAAAUCAGCCAUUAUCUUCCAGAGAAGGAAGCCCAAAAAAGAAGUCUGAUCGAACUCGUGCAACAGAAGGUCUUUAUUUGGAUGAAAUUUUGGAUCUAGAACCAAAUGAAGCCAACCUGUAUUUAUCUGUACUAAGAACCAACCAAAAGUCUCAAGAUUUUCAAGAAAUGAACUCAGAAUCUUUAAUCGACAAUGUUCGAAGUAGAACACCAGAUGGUCGAUUUACAUGUUCUGAUGCUGGUGUAGACAGUGGUACUGACUGCCUUGUUUCAGACGAUCCUGGUGAAUGUGCUGAUCUGAGUGUGUCACCGAUCAAGAUAUCACUGUGUGGUGGCAAGUUUGAAGAUGGAAAAUUAAGUGUUGAUUUAGAAAAAUUUAAUGAAAAACUGGUAACUUAUGAUCAGUUCUUAUUGGACCCUGUGGGAAUCACAAGCAAUGCUGAGUUGGUUGUUAUGCUCGGUGACAGAUAUCUUGACUGGGAAACUGCAGCUCCUUUCUUCUUGUCUUUUUGUGUUUUCAAGAAACCUUUAUCGAAUGAAAUUGUUGAAAGUGUUAUUGAUAAACAAAUAAGCAAAAGAGUCCAAGCAUCAUCAGCAGGAAGAUUAUCUUGGCUGUGGAGAAGAAGCUCGCAAAGAACAGACUCAAUAAGUAGCAAUGUUUCUGAUCAAGGUUUAAGUCCCAUUAAGGAUAAAGAGUUAAAUCAAGAUGUUGCCACCAAUGCUCCAAAUAAAGUAACUCUCAUGAAAUCAUUCUCUGCCUCACCCAACGUUCCAGAAAUUAAAAAUCGUACUGAUGAAAGCUCCAGUUGUGAAGAUGAAAUUAGCACAAUAACAAGAAAGGAUCUAAAGAGAGCUCAAACUAUGCAGAAUAUUUUUCCUCAACAUUUAUCUCCAACGAAGAGCAUGAAGAAAACAACAAGACUCACUCCAGAUCAACUGAAAUCUCUCAAUUUAAAGCCUGGUGCGAAUGAGGUCUCAUUUAGUGUUACGUCACAAUAUCAAGGAACAUCCCGAUGUUAUGCAACUAUAUAUUUAUGGAAAUAUACUGAUAGAUUGGUUGUAUCAGAUAUUGAUGGAACAAUAACAAAAUCUGAUGUUUUUGGACAAAUUCUACCAGUUGUCGGAAAGGAUUGGACACAAGGUGGAGUUGCUCAAUUAUAUCACAACAUCAGCAAAAAUGGAUACAAAUUUAUCUACCUCUCAGCCCGAGCUAUCGGCCAAGCAGGAAUGACAAAAGGUUAUUUGAAUUGGAUCAAUCAACAAGGCGUUUGUUUACCUGAAGGUCCAUUAUUUCUUUCACCCACAUCCCUCAUGCGAGCUUUCAGAACAGAAGUGAUUGAGAAAAAGCCGGAGAAGUUCAAAAUUCAAUGUUUGGAAGAUAUAAAAGCCUUAUUUCCGAUCAACAAACAACCUCUUGCAGCAGGAUUUGGAAACAAAAUUAAUGACGUUGUUGCAUACACUGCUGUUGGUAUUCCGAAUAAACGUGUUUUUACAAUUAAUCACAGAGGAGAAUUAAAACAGGAAGACUUACAAACAUAUACUACAUCGUACUCGGAACUUGGAGACAUCGUUGAUACUUUCUUUCCCGCACUUGAUUCACCAGAAUGUACUGACUUCUCAGAUACUCAUGAGUUUAGUACAUUUAAUUAUUGGAGAGAUAAUAUGUGUGACAUAUCAAGUGAUAUAAACAUUUAGUGCUUAUAUAAUUAAUUAUAUAAUUAAUGUGUGAGUGUUUAAUUAACUUUGCCAUUGUUUUACUUUGCCAUGAAUAGGCUACAAUUCAGUGUUUAUUUCACCUAAGGAUUCUCUUUAACUGAGUCAAUUAAAUCUUUGUUCUAUUUUUGAUAAUGAAUCUGUUAAAACUAUCUCAUAACGUAACAAAAUCAUGACAGUAUGUAAAUGUGAAAGUUGACAUUUUUUUGUUCAAUUGAAAUUUGAUUCUGUUGCAUACGUGGGUAAUUUUUGCAUUAAACUUUACAAAGCAUCCUCUCAAUUCCAAAUCAAACAUUGUGAAUAUUGGAAAAAUUAAAUUUUGGUUGUGGGAUCACUCUGAGGAAUGGGGUUGAGAUGUGACUUAUUUGAGUUCAUCAUGGUAACAAGAAAAUGAAUAUUUCUUGUGAAAAUUCGAUGCAAUAAGUGCAAUAUCUUAAAAAGAACUUCGAGACUAUCUAUAAAGGGAUUUCUAGAUAUACAGAAUAUAGUUUUCCUCAAUAUGCAUAGCGCAUAUUUUUUUUCUUGAACAAAUCUACAUUCGCAUAUUCUUCCAGUAUUUUCAUGUAUAGGUUUUCCUCUGUAGUGCAUUGUUCCUAUAAAUAAUACCAUUUGACUGGUACAUGCGCCUGGGAAUACUUCUCAAGAAUAAAAACUGAUACUGCAUUCAUUUUCUGCCAAGUGAAACUACGGUAUGGCUUGCUCCCUGGUUUUAUUAGAAUACAUGAUAAAUAAUACCAGAUUGAUAUUACAAUAUUUUACUUUUAUUUACUUUCAUUUUUGCAGCAUAUAAUUGGUCUACUCUUAAAUAUUUUUGUUAUGGAGAACUCUCAGUGCCAUGUCUUUCAAUUUAUCUGACAAAUGACUUAUUUUCAGUUCCUUUCCGCACCUGAAAAUACAUGGUUAGCUUGUGAAGCUAAUCCUAAUCAUAUUCCCUUACCAUCUUCAAUAGUUUAAAUUUUCACCUUGUGUCCAGCACACCUCAAUUCUGAAAACAUUGCGUUUCAGUUCCCAGAAUAGUCUAUUUCAGGUUUCUUAUAAAUUUUUUCAAUUCAUGGUAAUUCUUUUAGGAAACAAUCCAAUAGCGACAAAACCUUGCAGUUGUUUGAAAACAAAUUUUUAUCAGAAUUUAACCAAUCUAGUGUGCUCUGAAUUAUUUUGGGUUUCUUCAAAACGUUUUGUAUGUAACGAGAUUAUUCAAUUGCAUAUUUAAGAAAUCCAGUAAGUGCGAUCAUAAAUCAUUUGAUUCAAGUUCAAAAUAAAUACUGCUGUUGAAAGAGAUUUUUAAGACUUGUGAUAGUUUAGACAUAUUGUGUGAAUGUAUGUUGAUUAAACAUAAACAACAUUGUAUUCUGACUGACACUGAUGAAAUGCAUCUUUAGUGAUUUUAUAUUUCAUAUUACCAGUUAUUAAUUUUUACUUUUCUUUUCUAUAAUUUACAUUUAACACUGUUUAGAUGGUGCCUGGUGAUCGUCUGAGGCAUAUCUUAUAAAUUAUCUAGAUUUUUAAUAAUUAUUUCGUUCAAGAAAUACUGCCGAUUCAUCGAAAUUGUUAUGGCAACUACAAAUAUUCUGUCACACCAAUUCAUAUGUAAUUUGUGACCAAUCAAAAGGGUGGUAAAUCUGUAAUUUUCAAGCUUGGUAAAUUUAUGUCAGUUCAAUAUAAUAAAGCAUGGGCAAGCUGUCAUCUGCUCCCUACUUGGGUCAAUAAUGUGGUCUGAAAGCAAUGCGCUUUCGGUUACAAUUCCGUACAUAAUCCAUCUUGUGAUAAAAUAACGAUGGGCACUAAUUCUAGUAAUGUAUCUCCCCUCCCUAAAUAUGAUAAUAUACUUGCGUAUCCCCGUCCGUCCAUAUUUUUUACUGGAAUAUGCACCUAAAAUCCGAUGGAUUGAAAAUGAUUAUGUAAUAUUGUGAACAAUUUAAAAAUAUAUAUAUAUUCCUCAUUUGAUGAA